AUGAAGCUCCGUUUCAUGAAGCUCGGCUUCUUGGGCUUGCUCGGCUCGCUGUGGUUGUGUCCAUGCCUGGCGUACAAGGUUCGCCAGCGGCGUGAGCUCCCAGCAUCGCAGAUUCAAACCGUGCAGGAGUUGACCGUGGCCUUGCCCCUGCUGAUCAUCAACAUGACGAAUUGCACCGGACUCAUUCGUGAUGGUAGUCUCGCAACGAAUGUCAGCUUCCAUGCCAGCGACUACCAACAUGACCUGCCGUUUGUCAUGGACUGCGCUGCGGGCUUCUAUGCGGUCCUCGGUGACUUCAUGGCCGCCGCGUCCGAGGGUCCUAGUCCUUGCGUCCCUGAGGAUCUUCGGACCUACAUGGCCUGCAUCGUGGCCGCGUCCUGCAUCGUUCAAGCCGCCGUGCCCGCCCAUGUGAGCAUGGAGGUCUACGCAAUGAUCCUGGAGCAGGUGACCCGGUUCGAAGAGAUCACGUGGCCGCUGCUCCGAGAUGCCUUGCUCCACGAGGAGGGUGGCAACAGCCUCGCUGUGGACGCACUCCUUCCCGAGGCCUACAUCUGUGACGGCUCAGAGCACGACCACGCCUUCUUGCAGUUCGAUGCAAAGACCUCGCGUGAGACGUCGCUGCGGCAACUCACCUCUAUGGUGGGCACAGAGCACGCGGCCACCAUGAGCAUGGCCUUGGACCUUAAAGCGGCGGCCGCCGCCAGCCACCAGAUCAUGAACAGCCACGCCGUGAACGCUUCCCUGGACGAGACCAUCGACAAGCUGCAGCAGGCCUGGCAUCCCGUGUGCCAGAAGCUGGGCUGUGACCACACCAACUUUUGGGACAUCUACUUGCAGCACCACAAGCAUGCCCUGGCGCUCCUGGAGACCAAGCACGCGGGGCUCCUGCGCUCGGACAUCAAGCUCCGCUUCCACCUGGAGCAGCGGGUUCAGCGGUUCAUGGCCGACACGCAGGACUACAGCUUCAUCGAGAAGUACGCCCGCCACGGCCAGGAGCACCACUCGUCCCACCAGGUCUUCCAUGCUUACCACGACAGCGCCCGGGCCUCCAUGUUGGAGUUCGCGAAGUCCGUCGUGGGGUCCCUGUCCUACGAGCGGGCCAAGCGCCUGGUGAACCUACACAAGCUGGCCGACAUCGAGAAGGAGGCGGCACGAAAGGAAAGAAGUGCGGAAAGAAGCGCUUCUUCGCACGCCUCCGGGCGACCGUCGGAGGACGAGGCGGAGGAGGCGAACGAGAAGAUGCAGCUGUCCUUGUUGGAGGAGGUUGAAGAUGAAGGAGAAGGUGCAGAGGCCUUCUGGGACCGCCGGCGCCGGCGCCGGCGCCGCCGCCGCAUCUUCGAAGCGGUCGUGAAGGUUGUGGUGCAAGUCGUGGAGACCGUCGUGGAAGCAGUCACAGCUGCUCUGGCCUGCGCGGGCCAGGGCGGCAACUUCGUAUCCACGGGUUACACGCGGUCCCUGAACGGCAACGUGGCUUGGUCCAUCGGCCUUGCAGGCGGCAGCUCGGAUAUCAUGAAGGACAUCCUCAAUGGACAGGGCCCCUUGGGUUGGAUCUCAUUGGGAGCCGGCUUCUCGGUUGGAAGCACCACGGACGUUUGGUGGGCAGGAGCCGGCUUCGGUGGCUCCAUCGGGUGCAACGCUCGCUAUGGCUGGAGGGGCAAGUCACGCGGCAGCUGCACCAUGGAUCUCACGGUGUCCACCUUGGCCUGUGGAAAUGUUCCGACAUCAAGCUCCGCAUGCCCCUUUGGCAGGAACUUUGCGGGCAUGACUUGCUCCAGCUCUGGUGGCUACUUUGUGUCCAUCAUGUGCUGCAGCUUUGACCUGACAAAUGGCGGCAACACCUGCCGCUGA